GCUCGUAAAAAAAUACACAGCCCAUAGAUUUCCAGGCAUAAAAAGAGCCACAAUGCUCACGGAAGUUCAUAGAAUAGAAUGCAAUGUCGACUGUAUUCAAGAUUGAUUGUCACAGUAUCAUCGCACACUUUGUAGAAGCGACGAUUCUUCCCGAUGUUAUUCUUUUUGGUGCACCGCAAAAAAUUCGACGCAUUUUUAAUGGUUCGUUUUCCUUCUGCCGUGCACGAGUGUAGCGUUGCCAUUUUGCAUACGAAUCUUGAAACACUUUCAGUUUCGACUGUUUUUUCUUUUUUCGUGGAACGACAAAAACUGUGUUCCGACAAAUAUAAAUGAAUUCGAUUCACCGACACAUUCUUUUUUUAUAUUUGAACUAUUCAAAUAUUUCUCUGUUUUGUGACAACAAUGUUUCAAGAGUGAAAUUUAUUUGAAUGAUAUCGGAUUUUAUAAUGUUUAUGCAUUACACAUUCAAUCACAUCAUCAGCACAUAACGGCAACACUUUCAAUCUCGUCGUUGCUUGCGAUGCAAAUAUGUGAUUAUAAUCGAUGUUUAUUCGCUCAUAAAUUUCGGUCUGUGUGAUAAAUAAACAAAACAGUUCUUUGAAUCGAAAUUCGAUACGGAUAAUUCUUGGUUGUUUGAACGAUGAUGCGAUUCACAUCAUGCCAUUGGAAACAAAUGUACCACAGUAUCCUCUGAAUUUGUUGUUUUUAAAACGUAACUAAACUGAACACUAUAUUCAUAAAUGGAUAUUUGGAUUUUCCGUCACUCAAUAUGCAAUCCUUGUUAUGCCCGUUGUAAGUGGUUCGGAUUUAAUUAAAUCCAAAAAUUUAAUUUUCAACUUUGCGAAAACGGCCAAAAAAUGAAAGCUAAUAAGUCUGGUAAUAAGUCAAAGCAUAAAAUUUGGUCGAAAACAAGAAAAAUUGAUCUUAUGAGUACACUCGAUAUGCUUUAUGGGGCUUUGAAAUCGUGAUUUUCCCGAAUUUUGUUAAAUCCUAAAGAUUUAACUUUCAAAUGCGGGAUUUAAGCAUUUUUCACGCAAAACCAUGUUGCAAAUAAGUCAAAAAUUGUUGAAAAUGACCGAAAAAUUCUAAAUCAGCAAAAAACCCAACCACUCUGUACGUUUUUUGAGUCCGAAUAUGCAAAAAAUAUCAUUUUUCGUAUUCUCAACAUUUAAUUUUCAAAUGCGUGAUUUAAGAAUUUUUCACGUUAAACAGUGGGUCAAAUAAGGCAAAAGUUGUGGGAAAUGAUCCAAAAAAUCUAAAUCAGUAAUAAAAAGCAAGCGCUUCUGACCAUUUUUGGGUUCAAAUAGGCAAGAAUAUCAGUUUACGGAAACCCUCAGUAUUUCACUUUCACAUUAUGGUGAAUUGUUUUGGGAAAUCUUGUUUUUCGACAGUCUGCCCGUGCCCAUCCAAAACUUCUAGCCAGCUUCAAAUCAAGCACCAAAAGCCAUAUUUGUGGCUUGUCCAUGGGGUUUUCAGGUCAGCACAAGAUUUAGAUAGAACUCUAAAGCAAAAUGUCGUGUGAAGCAUUUACGGAACAUUGCCAAACGUUAUACCAAACUAUUUUGUCCGCUGUCGAGAACAAUGUGAAAUUGCGACCGGUAUCGACGGAUUUUUCAGCCAUUUUGACGAGUUCGAUCAACAAUUUCGAGCGAGUAUGGCAAGAAAUGAUGAAAUUGGAUCAACACAGCAACACCGCAACGCAAGAGCCAACAGUGGAGGAGCCAAAAGAUGCAAACAAUCAGUCGGAUUCGUUUGGCGACAUUGGAAAUAAGGAUGAAUGUGUCGCUUUGAAUGGUGACACCAAUCCGAAAGGUUUACAAAGUCCGGAUGAAAUGAGUGGUGUUGAAUCGAAUAAACCCAAUGUGUUGAAUGAAUUUGACGAAGUCGUUCGAAAUGCAGUGUCGGACAUUUUCAAUAGCACCAUGAAGAAACAGGCGGAAAAUAAGCACGAUGCAUGUUGCGAUAGCGAACAUUCGGCCCUUUAUGUCGAAGAAGAUAAUGAAAAUGAUGGAAGUACGUUGAAUUGUGGCACAGCUACGAAUGAAGAUGGCAACGAUGCUCCGUUCAUCAGAAGUGAGGUUGUGACACAUCAUCACCAACGGACGCAACAUUUAGUGAUUCAGGCUGUUGAAGGUGGCUUAUAUCAAAUGGGCAUUCGAGAAGAGGUCGUUACAACAACAACAACCACAAUGGAAAGCCGAAAUGAAUCGAAUGAACAUGAUUUUGUUACACCGGCAAAAGGGGAGGCUGAAGAAAGUCCUAAAAAGAAACCACCGUCUAAGCGAAGAUUCAGUAUGGGCGAUCGUCUGGGUAAAGACGACUCGGAAUCGAAACCAACGCCUAAACGAAGAUGCAGCAUGGCUGAACGGUCCGAACGAAAGGCUCAUUGUGAGGAGAAACCGUCGCGUGAACAAAAAUCUCGUGAAAGUAAUCGAAUGGCUCAGGCGAAGUCAGAAUCGAAACAUGAAUUGAAACAUGGAUUAAAACAAGCAUCAAAGCGUAGAUCCAGCAUGGGUGAUAGCGACUCUCGCUCAGGAAAUGAUCGUUCUCCCGCAAAACUGGACCAAAUGACGUCACAAACAUCAAAACUUGAACAGGCAAUGGAAAAACGUCGCUCAAACUUGCGCCGAACGGUCUCAUCCCGACGUGAUUUGCAACGUCAAGAGAAGGACAACACAAACACAAAGCUGAAUAAUACGGAUAAGAAUAUGCACGCCCAGAACGAUUUAUACCGAAAGUUGUGCGCGUUAUGCGACGCCAAAUCGCAAUUCAUGGUUCGUCAUUAUAUGAAAGAACAUCCCGACCACGAAGUGUUGAUUUCUCGACCAUCACCGAAAAUGGCUGAACAAUUACUAUCGCAAAAUGACAACUUCAAAGUGAGCAACAACAAAAUUAAGGGCAUUUGUUACUUCUGCGAAGGCGAAAAAACCAUGACGAAACGAGAUUUUAUGGAUCAUUUGCUGAUUCACACCGGAGAGUUUUUGUACAGCUGCGAUAUUUGCCAUUUCGGAGCAAAACGAAUGCUCGAUCACAAAAAUUGCAGUGGCACACCCGUUAGUAUUUACGACGAAAAUGCUACAGAUGGUUCACUGGCUGGGUAUAUCUGUAGUAAGUGCAAUUUCGUGCAAAUCAGUCAAGAUCGUCUGCGCAAACACCUCGUGAAACAGCAUAAAUACCAUGAAAGCAAUGUGAUUGAAGGUUAUCAUUACAAAAAGGUGAUGCUUGUCGCAAGCCCGAAUCCAAUUCAAUCGAAAAUCGCAACCGAAUUCGAAAUGGUCGGACCAGCAAAGCGCUUCAAGUGCACCAUUUGCUCGAAGAAAUGCAAAAAUGAGCAAGAGUUCGUGCAACAUUUCGAUGAAAAGCAUAGCGAAGUUUUUGAAUACACUUGCUUCUGCGGUGAAUUAAUGAAAGUGGAUGGUAUACGGCUUUUCGGUCAAUACAUCUCUUCAGCCCAUUUGUGUCGACACAAUGAGGAUUUGUUCCAGUGCAAAGGCGUUAGUGACGGUAACGUGUGCGAUGAUGUUUACUACAGCCUGAAAGAGGUUUCGAACCAUCUGUUGAAUGAUCAUCGUGACAGUCGAUUCCGUUAUCAACACGUUAAGCGUACAACCAACGCACCAACCGUUGUCACUGAAGUCACAUUCCGAAAAAUCCAAUGCAAUAUUUGCAAAGUGUAUUUGAAGGUCGCAACAUUUGGCUCGGCGCUGAAACACUUUGUCAAAUACCAUCGAACUGAAGAAGCGACUGAUGAUGAUGCUAUUGAAGUCACGGCACACUUGUACAAGAAGGUGUCCCAUUUGGCAAAAAAAUUGAAGGAUGUCAAAACGGAAUACUGUAAUGGCGGCCAGGUCCAGAUUACAUUUUAAUUAUUGAAGUGAAAGAGCAGCAACUCUUUAAUUGAUUUGUCAUAACGAAGUACUACGAAUUUCUGUUUUUUACAUUGUCAAUUUUUUCACCGACAAUUUUUCACUUUUCUCAGUCAUUCGGAAUCAAACAUACGUUUUCGGAUGGUUUAGCAUCUUAUACAGUGACUUGCGUCUUCGAUAUGCUCGGAUAUAUCCGCUGCAUACGAAAUGCUGAGAUGCUAAACCAUCCGAAACGUAUGUUUGUUCAGAAUUGCUUAGUUUCCAUUUGAACAUUUCAUUUUCCAUUUCAAUUUUGAAACACAUUUGCAUAACAGAAAUUGAGAAAAAAAACAUAAAACAAGAGAGCACUAGAGUGUACUAGUAAAACGAAAAAAAAGAAAAAUUUGAAAAAUCAAAUCGAAAAGUGUAAACUAUGUUAGAUUUAAGUCCGAAUCGAAAAAAAUAUUCUAUCUACUCACAAUUAUCAUAACCAUUGUCACCACAUGAGUAAAAAGCCUGUUAAAAUAAAAGACAUUGAAAUGAAA